AUGUCUGAAAAACCAAUGUCCGGUAGACGCAAGUCUCGUGCCAUGAACACAGGGCCUUCCAAUCGAUCCAUGCCAACCUCACCAGCAUCGAGUACUCGAUCCUUUGCCAGCGGCACUUCUGACUAUCCGGCAGGUCGUAAGCCCCGUGGCUCCGUCGUCGCGGAAGGCGAUUUUCCGGAGGGCCGAAAGCCCCGCGGUUCAGUGUUUGUGGAAGAAGAAAUCAUAGUCGAAGAGAAAAUCAUCAAUGACAGCGACGAAUUUGAGGAAGAAGAAGCCAAAAAGAGACGCAAGCGACUUGCUUGUAUUAUUGCCUGUGUUCUGAUCUUAAUCUUGGUCAUUGUCAUUAUUGCCAUCUUGUUGAGCGUACUUGGAACUGGCGAUGCGGCCACUAACGGUUCUAUUGGUGGCGCUCCGAGCAACUGUGUUGUCAACAAUGAAACCAAACCCACAACCUAUGAGGAGUUCACCUGUGAGGUGCUUACUACCUUGACCACCAGAGACAGCACGUAUCUAAGAACGUAUUCUACUACUUCUCCUUAUGGUAUGGCCAUUGGCUGGAUGACCAAAGAAGACAAGACAGACUUUCUCAAUACCCCCACUGAACAUGUUGUGGAACGUUUCAUCAUGGUCUUGUUCUAUUUUAUGACGGGAGGCAAAGACUGGUUCACACGUUUUGAAUUCUUGACUCAGCAACAUCUCUGUGAUUGGACCGGUGAUUCAAAGAAUGCCAUCCGAUGCGCCUAUGCUCAGGACAAGAAAGUGACGGAUUUGGGUAUGCCACAAAAUGGACUGACGGGCCCCAUUCCUACAGAAUUGGGUUAUUUGACAGAGUUGACAAGAGUCUACUUUUCCAUCAAUUCCUUGUCAGGUAAUAUUCCUUCAGAAUUGUUCCAACUGACGAAAUUGGAAAAGCUUUAUCUCGACCGCAAUGAUUUGAAAGGCAAGAUCCCGACUCAGAUCAACCAACUGACUGGGCUCACGACAUUGUACCUGAGUAACAACGACUUCAAUGGAGACUUGACCGAAAUUUGUGAUAUUGCGAAUACCACUUUCACAAAUAAUGGAACAAAGUUUGACUUCCAUUCUGACUGCGAUACUGGCCGUGUCACUUGCGAGUGUUGCAAAACAUGCGUGUAG